AUGGCAGACCACCACCACCACCACCAGCAGCAGCAGCAGCAGCAGCAGCCCCCGUCGUCCGCCUGCACCAACUGCGGCACCGAGCGCGCCGUCGUCUACUGCUCCGCCGACGGCGCGCGGCUCUGCCUCGAGUGCGACGGCGCCGUGCACGGCGUCAACGAUGUCACGUCCCUCCACCCGCGCGCCCCGAUCUGCGACGCCUGCGGCGUCGCCCGCGCCGCGGUCCGCUGCCAGAUGGCCGGCAACCGGUCCACGCUCUGCGGCGACUGCGCCGACCGCCUGGCCCCGCCGGGCGGCGGCUCCAUCGUGGAGGAGUACACCGGGUGCCCCUCGCCCGCCGAGAUCCUCCGCAUCCUCUCCGUCGAGGCCCCCUCGUCGCAGGAGGACUUCGACGCCUGGCUCGCUGAAAAGCUGCCCCAAAUCAUGCAGGAGGUUCAGGAUGGACCUCAGAUAUGCGAUGCGAGUGGAACAACAACAACAAUAGUAGGAGAUCAAAGAGGCACCAGCAACAGCAGCUUCAGCUGUGAUGAUUGGAGCAAUGCCUGCUCAACUUCUGGGCUUGAGAAUACUAAUGGAGUAUUUGUUGGUCAUCACUCAGCUGGGCCUUCACUCCCUUUUGAGGAACAGCAGCAGCUGCCACCAUCGAUCUGCCAAUUCCUCUCAUCGUCAUACUCAUGUUAUAAUCCAUCCUCCUCGUCAUGCCAGCCGGUCAUGACAUCGACCACUCUUCUCCAAUCCAUGGGAGGCAACGAUCACCAUCCGUCUUAUCUCCUCGAUGGCUUCCCUACUUUCUGCCCUUCCAUGCCCCUAAUGUCGCUACAGCCACCACCGGAGAACGGCACCAGCUGUCAUGACGCCAACCAGCCAUCGCAGAUGCUGGCCACGGAUGAGCAAGCGGCGGCGGCUCAUCACCAGCAAGAUCCAAGCACCAUUGCUAAGAAGCGAGAGGAAAGGGACAGGGCCAAGCAAAGGUACAACGAGAAGAAGAAGAACAGAAAGUUCUGCAAGCAGAUUAUGUACGCCUCCCGCAAAGCGAGGGCGGACACGCGGAAGCGGGUCAAGGGCAGAUUCGCAAAGGCUAGCAAUGAACACCAACACAUACUACACUCAGAUGCAGCAUAAAUUCAUAAGCGAUUAGGUCGAUUUUUUCGUUCUUUUUCUCCUUUUUUCCAUUCGUUUUGCAUAUAGACAGUGCAUAUAUACACAAAAAAGCAAACAUUUUUUGUAGUUACAUCUUCAUUUUUUUAUGUAUAGUCAAUCAUGCCUAGGUAGACCACUCUUCUCCACACCACACAAAUACAGUAUACAUAGCUCUAAAUUUGUGGAGAAGGCUGUUGCACCUUAGAUCUUAGCCCUUUUCUCAGUUUUUCUUUUGGCAUUUCUUCUUUCCUUUUUGAUAGUUUUGUGUUCAUUCUUUUUACAGAGAUAGUUUUGGGACACAUUCUUCUUAGGGAGGUAGUUAUAGGAACUGGUACCAAGGUGUAAUAAUUCAACCCUGCUUGUCUAUGUGUACGUACAUUAUUCUAUCUUUGGCCCGAAUAAAUAGAAUAAUGUAUUUUCGUAUGUUGUCAAUGCUAUGUUAUUUUUAUGUUCAA